AGUGCGGACGAGUAUAAAACCGCGUCCCGACCAUUGUUGGAGCACAGUUUGCAAACAGUCCUUGGUUACAUCGCACACACCACAGGAGGUUUCCAAAGCACUCAAUAGUUCGAAACGACUAGUGAAACGAAAAACUUCAAUAUCAAAAUGAAAUCUUUCAUCGUUGGAUCCGUGUUGCUGCUGGCUGGCGUUGCCUCCGCUAAUUACUGGCACUACGUGCCCCAGGACACCCCCGAGGUUGCCCAUGCUAAGGCCGAACAUCUGGCCGCUCACCAGAAGGCUCGCGGUCUCGUCGGAGCUGGCCCAAUCGAUACCCCCGAAGUUCAGCACGCUAAGGCCCAACACUUCGCUGCCCACGCUGCCGCCCGCGCCGGACACGCCAUCCCACACCCAGCCCCCGCUGCCCACUGGUACGCCGCUCCUGCUGCCCACCACGAUUGGCACGGAGCUGGUGCCUGGCACGGAGCUCAGCACAUCCCAGUCAUCCACAAUGGAGUCCCAGUCGAUACCCCCGAAGUGCAGCAUGCUCGUGCCGCCCAUCUGUCUGCCCUGCACGGUGCCUCCGCUGGAGCUCACUGGUCCGGCCCAUCUGGACACGAAGAUGAUGGUUCUUACCGCCCAGAACACCACAACUACUACAACACUCUGAAUCCUUCCUUCCGCCUUUUGUGCAGUGUAACAAUCAGUGUUUGUUCUAACUCAACAAAAAUGAAGGCUUUUGUUUUGGGAUCCGUUCUUCUGUUGGCUUCUGCCAGUGCCGGAUACGUUCCAGCUGAUACCCCUGAAGUGGCUCACGCUAAGGCCGCCCACUUUGCUGCUCAUGCUGCUGCCCACACUGGACAUCAUUACGCUCCGGCUGCUCCAGCUGGUCAUUGGGAUAAUCAUCACCAUGAGCAGAAGUGGCACGGACCUCUGCACUUCCCAAAGAUCCACAACGGAGUCCCAGUAGAGACCCCAGAAGUCCAGCAUGCUAAGGCCGCUCACUUUGCCGCCAUCGCCAAGGAAGGUGCUCACGCUCCAGCUUAUCACGGACACGAUGACCACGCCCACUGGGCUCCAGCUCACCAUGAACAGAAGUGGCACGGACCCCAGCACAUCCCAGUCAUCCACAAUGGAGUCCCAGUUGAGACCCCAGAAGUUCAGCACGCCAAGGCCGCCCAUCUGUCUGCCCUGCAUGGAGCUCAUGCUGGAUCUUAUGCCGGUGGUGCUCACUGGGGAGGCCCAUCUGGACACGAAGAUGAUGGUUCUUAUCGCCCAGAACACCACAACUACCAUUAAAUGGUAUUGAUCCACGCCAUCCCCAUUGGUUGGAGAUGCCGCUUUUCCAAAGUAUCUCUAGCCGAUCACCCACUCAAGAUGCCAAACCAUCCCUUAGGAAAAACUCUCAUCUUAGCUGAAGUCAAUUUAGGAAAAAUAACUCUCAUCAACACACGCGCUGCUUCUUUUCUUUCCCUCUUUCGAGAGCACUUUCGCACCCUCCUAUUGGGUACUCUCAAUAAGUCAACAAAUAACGGAAACUAUGGAUAACUGUCGAAAGGAGAAGAAUUUUCCCACUAUUCAUCAUCUCAAUGUCAACUGAGAUACGGUGGGAUUAGCUUCAAUUAAGUAUGGAUAGAUUAACAAAAAAAAGCUGAGACAACUUGUUCCCUCUACAGCCGGAAGUGCUCUAACUUUCUGUAAAUGUGUUCUUUUCAUUUUCACACUCCAGCGAUAGACUGGUGGAGUCACUUUGAAUCUCUCAUGAUAUGUUUUUUAGCGCUUUUGUUUGAUAGAGUUUAUAUGUAUACCAAUAAUGAGUCAAUAAAUACUGGUUGUUAUGACAA